AGGCGCGGUGCUGAGAUGUCUCUGAAGCACCAAAUGUCACCACCUCGACUGCGGCCCUCGGGGGACAAUUGUGUCCUGCCACACCCAAUGUCACCUGCAGCCCCGCCACGGUCGGGCCCGGCAGGGGACUACAACUCCCGGCGUUCCCUGUGGCGAGGGGACUACAACUCCCGGCGUUCUCUGUGGCGAGGGGACUACAACUCCCGGCGUUCCCUGUGGCGAGGGGACUACAACUCCCGGCGUUCUCUGUGGCGGAGGGAUACGCCUGUCCGGUGUGGCGGGCGCUCCGGGCCUGCAGCGGAGCCCUCAGCCCUGGCCGAGCGGGUCCCGCCGGGCGCGGGCCGCAGCCCACCCCGCCGCCCGCCGCCGCGGGCCCUGCCCAGGAGGGCCGGCGGCCGGCGGGGCGGCACGGCCGGAUUCAGGGCACCGAUCCCAUCUCCAAAGUCCUUCCAGCCUAAUGGAGCCAGCGAAGAAGCCCUGCGGUGUGAAAUCAAAGAGCUGAAACAGAAAGACCUUGCUCUAGACCAGGAAAUUGCACAAUUAUUGUCAGAGGGCUACAGCCUGGAGGAACUGGACAAGCACAUCUCUCUGCUCCAUGAGUACAAUGAAAUCAAAGAUGCUGGGCAGAUGCUCCUGGGCAAGCUAGCUGUUAUCCGAGGGGUCACUACUAAACAGCUCUAUCCUGAGUAUGACCUGGAGCUCAGUGACUAGUCCUGAACCUGGAGGCUGCCAUGUCCUGCAAAAGUGACUGUCACUGUGCCAUUACACAUUGGUGUCAUCCUGGUUUAGGAGAGACAGAAAGUGGAAAAGGAACCUUUGGAAAAGGGAUGUAGGAUUUUAGAUAAUUUCAUGUACUACUUGAUCAACAGGAUUUUUUUUUUUUUUAAGGUUGUAGUUCAGGUUGAUGUUGAGCCUCUUCCAUGGAGCCUUUGAUUCCCUACAGUAUCCAGGGGCUGUUUGUUUACUGAAUGGAUAGAGGAAGUGAGGGCAUACAAAUGUGCAAUGUAAUAGCUGCUUUGAAAGGAAAACCCUCAGAAGAAAGGAGGGAAGAAGGCAGAAAUUGUGGUGGUUUGGGGGUUUCUUUUGUUUUAUCAACAAAUCCAGAGAAGUCUGGGUGUUCUGCAUUUUUGUACUUAACUGCUCUGGUAUCUGGAGGUUUUGUAUCAUUUCUGUAGUAAAUGGCAAAAUAUAAAGUUGUGUUGACUGUUCACUCUGAAUAAAGCAGCCUUCACAUUUGUCAGUAAA